AUGAGAUUACUUUUUUCUCUUCUAUUUUAUGAUAUAAAUGCUUUGAGAUGUGACGAGAGAGUUUAUCUUGAGAGAAGCAACUGGCCAGAUAAAGAGGAACUGAUCAUCAAAAAGACAAAAAUAUCAGAAGAUGAUUUCAUUGGACUCCAACCCGAUUCCUCGCUCGAAAAAGCUUGGAGAAAUCGCGCAAACCACGAAGAAGGCUUUAGCCGCAACACCCGUGUCCUCGGAGGCAAAGACAGUCAACAUGGUAAAUUCCCUCACAUGAUUUCUCUUCAAACGCACAAACUUGUUGGCUCGAGCUUUUGUGGAGGAGCUCUGAUUUCCGAUAGUUGGGUGCUAUCAGCUGCCCAUUGCUUUACUGACAUCUCAAGCGAAGAAAUCGAGCAGACUUGCGGUCGAAAUGGAUGUCGGUAUUAUGAGCCGAAAGACUUUGACGCUGUUGCUGGAGCUUUCAACAAAGAGAUCCGAGAAAUCGAGCAGCAGCGCCGCCAACUUGCCGAAUGGUUCAUCCAUCCGUUUUACACCGCUAGACCAGUAUCUCAUGAUAUCGUCUUACUCAAGACUAAAGAACCCUUUCAAUUCACAGAGUAUAUCCGCCCAGCUUGCUUGCCAAAAGCUGAGGAGAUUCUAGAGCCGAACCAGAUCUGCUUCAUCUCUGGCUGGGGUUACAUGGGAGUGGAAGACAACUUGGAGCUCAUCGAGAAGCUGCCAGAUUUGCUUCAAGAAGGAAUCGUGCCGAUUCGGACGAAAGAAGACUGCAAAGAACGAUACGGACGGAACUUUGUCCCAGACAAAAACAUAUGCAUCGGAGGUCGUGGAAUCGUCGCAAGAGAUGGUGACUCUGGCGGGCCAUUGACUUGCAUUCGCCUAAGCAAACGAAGAGACGAGCUUUAUUACACUCUCUAUGGACUUUCUUCCUUUAGCGCUGCAAAACUCACCUCGCGCUUGCCUUCUGUUUACACAAAAGUUUCAAUGUACGUAGAAUGGAUCAACGAAAAGAUCAAAGAAUCUAAACGCUCUGAGGCAGAAGGAUCUCAUUUCCAGGGUUUCCUUGCGACAACUCUUGAAGAUAACGAGCAUGAGGAGGCUGGUAGACUGUCGCCAAGAGCUAAUCUUCCUGAUGAUCCGAAUGAAGAUAUUUCUGAUUCUGAGUCAAACGGGCAAAGCGCUUUUGACUCGGAGGAAACUAUUGGAGAACUCGCCCCAAGAGCACCAACACCAGAAGACCCAUUUGCAACGGGCGAUCUACCUCAAACAGAAGAUCGAGGACCAAGAGUGGACGUAACUAUUUCCAACGCGACUUUUGCUGGCGUGGCGAUUCCCCAAUCCGUAGAUGCAAAACCGAGUUUCCAAAGCUUGAGCGAAACAUUCUAUCAAACGGGACCUCAAUUGCGAUCGAUGCAAAGCAUGGAAAGAGGCCCGAAAAUUGAUCAAUAUGAUGAAGAAGAUACAUUCACAGCUGAAUGUCUUGAAAAUGCACUUGGACUCGAAUAUAAUGGGACGGAAGCAAUAGCAAAACGAAGAACCUGCGUUGCAUGGAGUAAUUUAUCGCCACGAAAUCGAUUCAGAACGCUGCCGUCAAAUUUUUGCAGAAAUCCUGACCGUGAUCCUAGAGGACCUUGGUGCUACGUGUCUAUUCCUCAGCGUCGGAAUUCGAAGCCAAUUUACAGGUACUGUGACAUCCCGUUGUGCUCAGAGUCACUUGCAGCUCCAACAACGACUACGACGACGAAGAGAACGACAACAACGACAUUCACUCAGGGAACUCUAGCUGACUGGGAAAUACCGAUUGCAAAUGCAAUGGCAAGCGUGAACAAUGCCUCUGACUUAUCAUCUUUUGAUUACAUUCCAGACUCCGGAGGAGAUCCAUUAGCUGGAGACAGCAGCAAUUACUGGGCAACAACGACGACCGAAACAACCACGACAACAACCACGACAACAACAACGACGACGACCACAACAAUGACUUCCACAACGACGACCUCCACAACAACAUUAAUGCAAACAAGCCGUCGAACAACCAAAGAGCCACAAAGACGAUACCGACAUCGUCAAUAUGGCCGCCCACGUGAAUGCAUUUAUGAAAAACGAGGACUUCACUACUCAGGGAGAAAGGACCACGCCAAAAAUGGUCAUCGAUGCGUUGCCUGGAGCUCUCUCUCUCAUUUGAACCCAAAUAGAAACCACGAGAAGAACUAUUGCAGAAACCCGGAUCAAGAUCCGAACGGGCCUUGGUGCUACACAGGCAGAGAUGAGUUGGGUGAUAUGGUCUUCCAGUACUGCGCGAUUCCGAAGUGCCAAAGACGUCCAACUGGUGGAAACAGUGGUCGACUGCAUGAAAGAAUCACGACCACGCAUUUGCCAAAAAGUCCACAAAAAGAAACGGCGAGGACAACCGCUCAGACUUACUUCGCCGGAGACAAUUACGACUGUAGAAAUGGAAUUCAGUACUUUGGCUCGCACAAUGUUGGAGGAGGGAUGAAAUGCAAGCACUGGUCAAGUCUUCGGCAAAAUCAUCAAUUCCGUGGUUUGACGCAGAAUUUCUGCAGAAAUCCAGAUAAUGAUCCAAGAGGCCCUUGGUGCUACGUUCAAAUUUAUCCAAAGCUAAAAUUUCGAUACUGUGACAUACCAAAAUGCUAA